GCCUCAUAAUAUUUGUGAUAAAACUUACGUCUUAGGCCCGAACGAACACACUAUCGCUGAUUUUUGGAGAAUGAUGUGGGAACAGAAAUCACACGUCAUCGUGAUGUUAACCAAAGUCUUUGAAUUCAUCCGGGUCAUGUGUGUCCAGUACUGGCCAACGGAGACAGACAAGCCUGAUGUUUACGGAGAUCUAGAAAUUACGUUGUUAUCUGAAGAAAGUCUUGCCAAUUUUAUGAUCCGAACUAUACGCAUUCGUAAGAACGAGGAGGUACGAGAGAUUAUUCAAAUGCACUUUACAAGUUGGCCAGCAUACACAGUUCCUUUCCCUGCUUCUUUGCUGGAAUUCCGACGAAUUGUUCUUCUCUACAUGGAUCGAUACCCUAAAAUAGGACCCCUUGUCGUUCAUUGCAGUGAUGGAUGCGGGAGAACAGGGGCUUAUCUCGUUAUUGACUCCAACCUAGAACUAGGUGAAGAAGAGGGCGUUUAUGACGUGUUUGGAUAUACAAAACAGAUAGCUUGUGCCCGGAAAGGCAUGGUAGAGACGCAGGAGCAGUACAUGUUUAUUUACGAGAUGUUAGAAGAUCAUCACAUCUGUGGAAAAACUUGGUUUCCUGUGAGUGAACUGGUGCAGCAGUUGAAACACAAAUCUCUAAGGAAUCCAAUCACCAGAAAGAAUGAGUACCAGCAAGAAUAUGAGACAAUUUGUAAGAUGUCUUGUAAGUUCUCCAUUGGUGAUUGCGCUGGUGGUCAUAGGCCUGAAAACAGGGAGAAGAACAGAGACGUAGCAACCGUACCUCCCGAUAACUUCCGGCCGUAUCUAACUUCCUACCAAAGCAAUGACAGUACUGACUAUAUUAAUGCAGUAUUUGCUGACGGCUACACCAGGUCUAAAGAAUAUAUCGUUACUGAAUGGCCAACUUACAAGACGAUUCCCAACCUAUGGUCCUUGGUAUACGACCACGACUGUAACUCUGUCAUUGUUCUUUGCAGCGCCCUCACCCCUCCAAACGGUGGUACAGCGCCACCUCUUGUAUGUAUUAAUUAUUAUAAGAUAUUUCCGUUAAUCUUCAGCAGUUAUAUAUAUACGUAUGAUUUUAACUUACAUAUAUUUUACUUUAAUAAGGUCGUGUCCCUCACUGAGCUCAUGGCUGGUGUCAAGGGUGAGACUAAAACAACCCAAUUUUUUCAAAUCACGUGCUGGCCUCAAGAUCACAAAGUCCCGACAUCUACCAAUGCGCUUGUCGAGUUAAUGAAUAUGGUCGAAAGAUGGCGGCAGCGUAGCACCUACGGACCUGUGGUUGUAGUAUCGAUGAAUGGCCGUUGUCGAGCAGGGGUCUAUUGUGCCGCAAAUUUUGCAAUAGAACAAGUUGUUCAACACGACGAAGUUGACGUUUUUCUGGCAGUUAAGACAGUGCGAAGACAUCGACAUCAAUUGGUGGAAAAUCUGACUGAGUAUAAGUAUUGUUAUGACUUAGUCAUGCAUUAUGUUCUUCACUUCUUGAAUAACGAAUGAAUCAACAUCAAGGACUUCUCCAUUUUUGUGGUAUCAAUACUCUGAUCCAUGAACUUUUUAUCGUAUGGAAUAAAUAGAUCAGGAAUUCUCCACAGGAAGUUUUUAUAUCACUGAUGACAAAACUCUGAUGGAUUUACUGUCACUGUUUUGUGAAAUAUGUGAAUCAUCACCAGGACUCGGGAGAACCUCAAACCAGAAUCUGUACAAUUUGUUUAUUAGAAAAAAAGAUUUAAACAGAACUUCUAAUUACAAAAUAAGAACAGUCCCUAGUUAGUGAUUUAAUUUUUUCUUGUACAAUUUUAAAAUAACAACUGAAACCAGAACUCUUUGAGUGAAAUGACAAAGCAAGGUAUAAGGAAUUGAAUACGUAUACAUGUAUAUUUUCACAAACCGAGUUCCUGAAGCUUGUUUUGAGGUAAGUGGAUCUCAUGUAAAAAAUGUUAUAUUCAGAAUGUUUAAUUUUUUCCUUCAGUUUGCAUCCCCUGUAUUAAAAGAUCUGUUAUUAGAAACAUGCAAAAUAAAAAAGCUUUUAAUUUGC